AUGUUUGCUCGACCUGCAAUUCGGGCCUGCCAGUCUCUUAAGCAGCCUGUGCGCCGCUACACGAAUACCCCUCCUCCGCAAUCUGGAAAUGCCAACAACUCGCGUGUCGGCAUCCUGAUUGCGAGCGCCGUCGGCAUGGCCGGGUUCGGAACAUACUUCAUGUUCGGCCAGGGCACCACGCCGGCAGCUGGUGUCAAAGCCCUCGGCGCCGAGCCAAAGAAGGCGCUCGAGAUGGAAAAGGGUUUCGUGUCGCUGCAGCUGGACGACGUCGAGGUCGUCAACCACAACACCAAGCGCCUGCGCUUCAAGCUGCCAGAGGAUGACAUGGUCUCGGGUCUGCAUGUCGCUAGCGCCCUCUUGACCAAGUUCAAGCCCGAAGGCGCGGAAAAGCCCGUCCUGAGGCCCUACACCCCCAUCAGCGACGAGGACCAGAAGGGCUACUUGGACUUGAUUGUCAAGAAGUACGAGGGUGGCCCCAUGUCGACACACAUCCACGAACUGGUCCCGGGACAGAAGCUGGACUUCAAGGGACCGUUGCCCAAGUACGAGUGGAGCGCCAACAAGCACCCUCACGUCGCCAUGAUUGCCGGCGGCACUGGCAUAACUCCCAUGUACCAGAUCAUGCGUGCCAUCUUCAAGAACCCCGCGGACAAGACCAAGGUGACGCUCGUGGUGGGCAACAUCACCGAGGAGGACAUCCUUCUCAAGAAGCAGCUUGCCGAGCUUGAGAACACCUACCCGCAGCGCUUCCGCGCCUUUUACGUCCUCGACAACCCUCCCAAGGACUGGGCCGGAACCAAGGGUUACAUUACCAAGGAUCUGCUGAAGACGGUUCUGCCCGAGCCCAAGGAGGAGAACAUCAAGGUGUUUGUGUGCGGGCCCCCGGGCAUGAUGAAGGCUAUUUCGGGCAAUAAGGUCAGCCCGAAGGACCAGGGCGAGGUGUCCGGCAUCCUGAAAGAGUUGGGAUACAAGCAAGAUCAAAUAUACAAGUUUUAG